AUGGCUCUCUUGGACAUUGUCUUCGGGAUUUUGCAAAUUCUUAUCCACAAUGUGCAGUUGGUCGGUGAAGAACUGGAUGGGGAGACGCGCGAGCGCAUGGAGCAGCGUGCGCAGAUGCUGAACCGGGAGAUGACUCGGCUGUGGCAGGAGGUAGAGCGGAUGAACCAGGAGCAGAGGAACCAGGAGCAGAGCGGCUUUGCUUGGGCAUCCCUGCUCCUCUCUGCCUUGCAGCACUGGCAGUUCUGGGCCGUUGCUGCGGUCCUGGUCCUGCUCUUUGGGCUCUGCUGGUGGCUCAGGAAACGGAGCCAUGAGCCAGAGAGAGAAGAGGAGAGCUCCUGUAACAACGUGGAGGAGGAGAAACAUGGAGAAGAGAAUAACGACGCAAAUGACCCAGGAAGGCAUUUUGAGCAUCCCAGACAGAGGCGAGUUCGGAAGCGGGACAGAGAUCGCGAGGCUGUGAAGAACCUGGUGCAAAAAUUCAUCGAUCUCUUCAACCGUGAUGUCUUCAAUACUUGGUACCCUGUGCUGGAAAACGCCAUCGAGGUGGGCAGCGCCUUCGAAGGUUGGAGUCCCUAUGAACAUGACAUCCCCUUCUGCCUGCUUGUGCCUCUGAAGCCCCCCCGUGGACACAUCUUCCACCUGGAGCCACGCCCCUCGUGGCCGGCGAGGAACUUCUGCAUCCAUGUGGAGCUGGUGUGUACUUGUGAGGUGGAGCAGCCGGCAGGAGAGACACGUUGCUUCCUCCAUGGCCCCGAGGAGGAGCAGAGUAGGAAGGAGGGCCCCAACAUCCUAGACGACCUCUGCACUGACUCCUGCCUAGAUGUGCAGAAAACUGCUGAAUGGUUCAAGAAGAUGGUGAGACGUUGCUGGAAGGAUCUGCCUGAGUCAGCCACACACCGCCUGAUGCCGGUGUACUCGGAGCGCUCCUGCAAAUUCCGGGUGCUGACACAAGACUGGGAGAAAAGGUUCUUUGUUGAGUUGAUGUUUGGGGUGCAGGAAGGCGACUCAGACCUCUUCCUGAGCAACCAGUGUGUAGAGGCUGCCUACACCCCAAGGACCUUGUGGCCAGAGACCUAUGCUGUGGCAGAGAUGAAGUUCUUCAGGCAUAUUGUCAGCCAGGCACAGGGUGACACCUGCCACCUCAGAUGCCUGAAGCUCUGCGCCCGCCACCUGCUGGACAGAGAGUUUUACACCUAUAUCAUGAAGACGGUUGUGAUGCACCUGCUGACCACCAUGCCCCUGUCACGCUGGCGCAAGCGUAAUUUCCUGGAGCGGAUGGAGGACAUCGCGGAGCACCUGCAGAGCAGCCUGCUGGAGAGAUGCUUCAACCACUUCUUCAUCGGCAAUGCGAACGUGCCUGAGGAGAUCAACUUGCCCCUCGGAUUGCGAACGGCUGAACCAUUCAACCUCUGCCAGCUCCUGGACUAUGAGAAUGCACGCAUUGAUUUUGAGUUUGUGCUAAGUGAGCUUCGGGGACUCUUGAUGUACGGACACUGAAGGAGGUCUUCCUGCACAGAGCUGUGUUUGCGCAGGUCACAGCUGCUGGCAGACGACCGUGUCUUCCAGGAAGCAAAAAGACAGGAGAAUGCAGGGCACGGAAAGGAAAGGGAACACCCUGCGCAGCAGCCCUCCACCAAGACUGGCAGCGUUCCCCUCUCAAUGGUCUCCCCAGCGCAGCAGCCGGUGAUGACAAAGAGGAUUGUCAUCCUGCUUUCCCCUGUCACUGUCAGGGCCAUGGUGGCGAUUUCACAUUGGCCCAGAUACUCUUGCUGGGAGCUCUGGCGGGGCAGGGACCAAGCGAGAGGCACCGCUCCAUGUGCCUCUAUGUGUCUGUCCUCUGGGGUCUGGGGGACACUCUGCCCACCCCAGACACUCCCCGGGGAGCUGGUGCCACAGAACCGAGUGCGCUGGACACGAGGAACAUGCUGAUCAGUCGGCAGUGGGAAAUGUUCCUGCCCAGCAAAAGCACACACUGGGGAGUGGGACCUGAUGCAGCUGAAGAGGCCAUCGCGAGGAGGCUUGUGACAGGGACUCCGUUACCAACUGGACAGUGACUGUACCCCUGACUGUGAGAAAGUCCAUUCCUUCUGGGAGCUUUACCAUCUGCA